AUGAAGAUCUAUGAUGGAAGGCUCCCAAUAUUAAUGGUUACUGACCUGGAAAUGAUCAAAGCAAUUAUGGUGAAAGAAUGUUAUUCUACCUUCACUAACAGAAGGGAAACAAAUGCAGGCCUUGCUGGCCCCUUUGCUGAUGGAAUAACUGUAGUUAAAGAUGAGAGAUGGAAGAGAAUCCGCAGUUCACUCUCUCCAUAUUUCACAAGUGGUCGACUGAAGGAGAUAUUUCCCAUAGCUGUGACGCAUGCCGAUCGUUUUAUAAAAAAUAUGCAAAAGAGAGACCACGAGCAGCCAGUUAAAGUAAAAGAAGUUGUGGCUCCAUACAGUUUGGAUGUGGUCACCAGCUCCUCCUUCAGUGUUGAUAUCGACUCCAUAAACAAUGCAGAUGAUCCUUUCGUUACCAAUGUCAAGAAGUUUUUCAAGUUCAGUCUGUUCAGUCCUCUCAUUCUGAUUUUAGCUUUAUUUCCUUCCAUUGCAAAUCUUCUGGGGAAAAUGGGUAUAAGUAUUUUUUCAAGGUCGUCUGUGGACUUUUUCUACAAUGUCCUGAGAAAGAUCAAGGACGAGCACAACAAGGAAUCAAAUGGUCGGGUGGACUUUCUCAAACUCAUGAUCCAGAAUCAAAUACCUGAUGAAAAGUUUGAAGACACAAGUGACCAACCAGUAAAAGGACUAACAGACCACGAGAUUCUCUCCCAGUCCUUCGUUUUCAUUCUCGGCGGUUAUGAGACGACAAGCACCACUCUCACUUACCUCCUCUAUAAUCUUGCAACUAAUCCAGAAUGCCUGGAAAAGCUGGUUUUGGAGAUUGACACAAACUUCCCUCCUGAUGAUGAGCACAACAAGGAAUCAGAUGGUCGGGUAGAUUUUCUCAAGCUCAUGCUCCAAAAUCAAAAACCUGGUGAUCAUUUUGAGGACACAAGUGAGCAACCAGCAAAAGGACUUAAGGAUCACGAGAUUCUCUCCCAAUCCCUCGUUUUCAUUCUUGGAGGUUAUGAGAUGACAAGCACCACUCUCACUUACCUCCUCUAUAAUCUUGCAACUAAUCCAGACUGCCUGGAAAAACUGGUUGUGGAGAUUGACACAAACUUCCCUCCUCAUCCAUCAAUGAAUCAAUGCGUCUCCUUCCCGCUGCAACACGCUUCGAGAGGAAUUCCUACAUAUGUAUUGUGUCGUGAUCCGCAGCUCUGGGAGUCUCCUGAUGAGUUCAGACCAGAGAGGUUCUGCCCAGAAUGCAAGUCAGAGAUGAACCAGUACGCUUUCCUGCCUUUUGGACUCGGGCCUCGAAAUUGCAUUGUAAUGAGAUUUGCCCAAAUGAUCAUGAAACUUCUUGUUUUGAAGCUGCUUCAGAACUUCCGUAUGGAAACAUGUAAAGAGACACAGAUCCCUCUAGAGAUGAAUGCCGCUUUUCAGCCAAAGGUUCCCAUCACAGUGAAGUUUAUGCCAAGAUCUCGCAAGGAAAAAAAAUAA